GAAAGUUUUAAUGGAGGAACAUUUGCGCACACUUUCAACAAUAAGUACACUGGAUGAAAUUUUGUACUCUGUAAAAUGGGAAUCAUCUCACUUUUUUGAGGAACCCAUCCAUAUAGGAUUAUCUAAUCCUGUGAAAAUUAGUUCUCAAACGCAAACUUUAGAAAAAAGCACUUUGAACGCUACUACUCAAACAAAUAUCAACAAAAUAAACCGAGGAUGCCAGUUUUUUGUAGAAAUGAAUACUACUUCGACGCAAACAAUCAAUAGUAAUGCGGAUAUUUCGGAAAUGGCUUGCAUUUUGGAUGAUAAAAUAAAAAUAAUAAAUUGCCAAAUUGAACUCAUUUUAGGACAAGUACAAACCAAACUCGAUGAUAAAUUACUUCAAUUAAGUAAUUUAUCGUCAAAUAUUGGAACUCUUAAAAACACAAGAAAAAUUCAAUCACAGAGGGCGGAAUUUGAAAAGUCAAACCUUCUUUUAGAAGCAGAUGAAGAAAAAUCCAGAAAAAUGCUGCAAAUAGAAGAAUUAAAUGAGUAUUUAGUCAUCAGUUUGCAAAGAGCUGUAAAAAUCGAACAGCUCUGGAUAAAAUAUCUCUUAAAAAAAAGUAUCUUAGAUGUGGAUGAUCAAAUAAAUACAACUAUCAUCUGCAAUUCUUCUUCAGUAUCUGAUCCUGGAAAAAAGGAAGUGACUCGACGAGUUACGCCAAAUCAGGAGCUUUGCAUGUUAUUAGAUGAAUGCUGUGCAGUGCUUGAUGACUAAAA